UGACAAAAUUAUAAUGUAAUUUUGAUCAAAUUAUAUAAAUAUACCAGAGAUUUCUAAGCAUUCUGUGCUUAAAAAGUGCAACUGGCAGGUGAACACUCAAAUGAGCUUGUUAAAGUGUAUUUAGAGUUAAUGACUGUCUAAACCAAAAGAAAAAUCCUAAUAAACCACGGGCGCAGCCCUCAGACACUCAAGAGAGCGUAACUCUGGAUACACAAACAGUAAAAACCCAAACAAAACUCAUCUGUAACACUAACCACUGCAACCAAACUUCCAUUGACCAUGUGUGAGUAAUUAUUACAUUUCUGACAUUUCUGAAGUGGGGUUUUCACAGGACUAAGUAGACAUGUGGCGCCAUUCCUCAGAAAACGUAGGCGUGUCCAACAUUAGGUAUUUUUCCAGACACAAAGGAGAGGUAAACUGCUGCGCUUUUUCACCUGACUGUCAGAUUCUGCUCACGUGUUGUGAUGACGGAAGACUGUACCUGUGGAACGCAAACAGUGCAAAACACCUGGCCACAGUUAGAGGACACUCAGGUCCAGUGAAAUCAUGUGUUUUCUCCUCGGAUGGUGAGCUGUUUGCGAGUGCAUCUCACGACCGUACCGUCAGAAUCUGGAGCCGCUCCAGCACUGAAUGCACACACAUACUGACAGGUCACAGUGGGAGCGUGGAGACGGUGAGCUUCAGUCCGGACGGUCAGUGGCUGGUUUCGGGUGGAUGGGACAACAGGGCGCUGAUCUGGAGAGUUCAGAGCGGUGAGAUGCUGGAGGAUCUGCGGGGUCACACUGCAGCUGUCCAGAGCAGCGCCUUCUCAUCAGACUCACAGUUUGUGGCCACGGGCUCCUGGGAUCGGACCGUGAGAGUCUGGAAACUUCAUGGGGAAAAAGAGGUUGUGACCUUACAAGGGCACCUGGGAAAUGUGGCCUGUGUCUGUUUCUCUGUUAGUGGGAUGCUGGCCUCAGGAUCAUGGGACGGCACAGUGCGUGUUUGGUUGCCGACGCGUCACGCGUGUCUGUUUGUGUUGGGAGGUUGUGAGCGAGUUUGGGUCAGGAGUCUGGCUUUCUCCAAAGACGGACUGGUUUUAGCAUCCACAGCUGAAGGCGACAUGGUGAGGAUAUGGGAUGUGACCACUGGAGUCUGUUUGAAGAGGCUGCAGGGUCAUAAGGACUCGGCAUACGGUUGUGUGUUCACUCCUGAAGGGAAGCUUCUCACCAGUGGUUCUGAGCAGCUGGAUGUACAAGAGGAUGAAGAAAACAACACAGAGGAAAGAAGUGAGAGAUGGGGGAGUUUACACACAGGACUGGACAGUAAAGAUGACAGCUUACAGCGGGUGUGACCAUGAGGACGGCCAGUACAUUGUGACCCGUGGUGAAUGGAAGCAGCUGUGCAACUGCAUCCUGUUUUAUCCAUUUGGAUAUAAUCAGCAAUUACAAACCCACUGACAGAUGCAGUCUCAGUUAAAGGAGAAGUCCACUUCCAAAACAACAAUUUAUAAAUAAUUUACUCACCCCCUUGUCAUCC